CUACUACUGGUUUCCUACCUUCUCCUUCACUCUCCACGUGUGUUCUUCUCGUUCAGCACCUAUUAUUGGCUCCGUAUGCCUGGGCUGGUUAAAACAUAAAGAGCGCAAUCGCAAAUUACGUCCGUAUGCUGAAGAAACUCCAAUUGGAAGACAGACACAACCCCAAACGCAAGUCCAUAAGAAACGAAUUAUUACAAAUCGAGACGGACACUCUAAAGUUCCGCUCAGUAUACACGGCUCGGUCUGGCUGCACACUGCUAGCGGCUGACUUCAAGCACGUGGAGUGCCGCGUGUUCGCGCACCAGGCGGCCGACACCGGCCUGCUGGCUGCACUCGCUAGCCCCGAUCUGUUCAGAGAGCUGGCUGCUAAGUGGCUAAACAAGACGCCAGAGAGCGUGGUCGCGGAGGAGCGCGAGCGCACGAAGCGCAUCGUGUACGCGAGCCUGUACGGCGCUGGCAGUAGGAAGCUCAUGGAGAUACUCGACGUUUCCUACGACCACGCGCUCUCCAUUGUUUCUAGCUUUAAUCGCACAUUUCCCGCAAUGAAAACAUUCGGCCGAUGGGUAGUAAGUCAGUGCGAACAGAAUAACGGUCGCAUACGAACCGCCAGCGGUCGGACUAGAAUCUUUCCCAAUAUUAAUAGCAAGGAUUUCGCGAUCAAGUCGCAUGCGGAGAGACAAGCUAUUAAUUUUGUUGUUCAAGGGCUAGCGGCAGACAUAACCAAGUUAGCGAUGUGCCGCACGGCGCGGGUGGCGGGCGCGCCGCUGCUGCAGAUACACGACGAGCUGGUGUGGGAGCUGCCGCACCAACACGUGGCAACGGCUGCUGCAAUAAUAAAAAGCACUAUGGAGGAAUGCGGUCGAGAGUUCGGUAUAAGUGUACCUUUGCCUGUCGCAUUGUACCGCGGGCCCAGUUGGGGAGAAUUAACCGAAUUCACACUCGACGAUAUUACCCACUAG